AUGGCAGCUUUUAAGGAUUUAUCGUAUCUAACAGUACCUGCAACCCUUUUAGUCUUCCUGUUUUCUUCUGUUAAUGCACAAAUUAGCACAGCCUGCACCAGUUCAAUGAUCACUAGCUUUACCCCAUGUUUAAAUUACAUCACAGGAAGCACCAGCGGCAACAGGGUUGCUGCACCAACUUCUGACUGCUGCAAUUCACUGAGGUCUCUCAUGAGUACUAGCAUGGAUUGCACUUGCCUUAUAGUAACUGGGAAUGUCCCUGUUUCAUUGCCCUUUAAUGCCAACCUAGCGAUUUCACUCCCUCAGGCAUGUAGUGGUAGUGUGCCACUACAAUGCAAAGCCUCUGGUGUUCCUCUACCAGCUCCAGGUCCUGUCCUAUUUGGACCAAGUGCAUCACCUGCAGCUUCUGCUUCUACUAGUUCAACAGCUUCCAAUGCAGCAGACAUGACAUCAGCGGCAGCAGAAACGACCGAGGAUAUAACUCCGGCAUCUCCACCAGUAGCUUCAUUAACCCCGAUGGCAAAUCCAGGAAUCAGACCAGUGGUGACAUCAACAUCAGCUUCUAAUCCAUCUUAUGUUUCUUCCUCUACAAUAUCUAUCCUGCUAAUAUUUGUAGGAAUUAUGGUUUUCAAGUGACAUUAAGUCCUACUGUUCCGACUCUACUACUGUGUGUUCUUGUAUUUCUCGUUUGAUGUUUUUAUCAUUCUUCGGGGAAUAUGAUUCUAUUGUUUUGGGUAAAUGGCAAAUGUAACCUUGAGAACAAGAGCCAUUGAGUGACAUGUUCUUUUUUCAUUAGAG